GAACCACGGGGGAAACGGCUUAGAGCUCCGCCAAACGUUACAACCAAGAUAAAAAACCCAGCCCUUUUUUUUUUUUAUUAUGCACCAAGAGGUGGAGCACGUUGAGUCUAGUACACUUCACCAACUCCCACCAGUGCUACUGGUCUGUGCUUCAGCCGCUGUUAGGAAUGCGUUACCAAAGGAUGUAGGUCUUGCCGAGGUCUCGGGCUGUUUCGGGAUGUAUUGAUGGCUCAACAGUCCUAUCCUUCUUUGAUUCCGCACCAAAUUUCGCACGAAACACACAACAGUCUCCGGAAUUGGAAUGGAAAUGCCCCCCGGACGCUGUAUUCGGAGCCGACAAUAUGAACCAUGCCCUAGUUAAUAUUACAAGGAUUUCCUCGAUAGCUUGUGUAUAGACUUUCAAGGAAUUUGAAAUGUAUACAUUUGAUUCGGAUUUGGAGUAAAACGAAAAGCAAUUUAGCCGUGAAGAGCAAGGUGUUGCUGUGCCGACGUAAAAACAACAACAAAUCUAUUAAGCAAAAUCAAAGGAUUUUAGAUGGAGCUGGAGAAUAUUGUGGCCAAUACGGUAUUGUUAAAAGCAAGAGAAGGUGGAGGUGGGAAGCGGAAAGGGAGGAGUAAGAAAUGGAAGGAGAUCCUUCGCUUCCCCCACAUCAGCCAAUGCACUGAGCUGGGCAACAGCAUCGAUCGGGACUACAUAAGCCUGUGUGAGAAGCAGCCCAUCGGCAGACUGCUGUUCCGCCUGUACUGUGAGACCAGACCUGAAUUGCUACGAUGCAUCCACCUACUGGACGCCAUGGGCAGGUGGGCUAGUGGAGAGUCUUGCGUAAUGGGGAUUAAGGAGGGAGAGAAUGAUCAGGGAGUGAAGGAGUUUCACCGAUGCCCAGAUCAGCUGACCUACUCACCUCGAGACUAUCCCCCGGCCCUAGCAAUGCCCAGAUCAGCUGACCUACUCACCUCGAGACUAUCCUCCGGCCCUAGCAAUGCUGAACCACACUCAAUACUCUCACACUCGUGGCUGAUAUAUGAUUGAUUGAUUGUUGUACACCAAUGGCGAAGGGGCAUAAAGAUGGCGGUCCCCAUGUACUUACUACAAAUGCCUUGUUUGUUCAGAUCGCCGUGUUGUACAUUGCUCUCCGUUACUCUUUUUUGUAUGGGCAUUAGCUCAGUUUACAUGAUCCUGAUUCUAGCUCCAAGAUGGCGGUAAUUUGAAAAAAUGAACAAGUAGAUUGUGCUGAUUUACUGGCACAUUGAACCAUGUUGCACGCCGUAGGUUAGAAACUCUGAGUAGUGCUAAAACAAUUAUUUACUGGUGUUUUACCCAAUAAAUGACUGGGAGUUUAUUUAUAUAGA